AGAGUCAAAUAAAAUUGCUUACUAGAUGUCGUUACGGUUAAGACACUGAACAUUGCGUUUAAUCUAAUAUAAUUGAACUUUACACAUGGCCUAACCUCUGUUAAGUGUAUAAAAAUAUUAAUCUUUUUUGUAAUUUUUUUUAAAAAAGAUUCUAUAUAAAUUUAAGUGAAAAUGUCAGCAUUGUUUUUCGAUGAUAAUUCCGACUCUGAGGAGGAAUUUCAAGUAAAUACGGAUUAUGCUCAGAAUUAUGAUAAUUUCCGCAAAAAGGAAGAACUUAAUAAAUUGAAAACAAAGUAUGGAGUAGAUUUGAGUACUGCGACAAGUUUAGGUAAUGAAGAUGAAGAAGAAUCGGAUUCUAGUUCUAGUUCUUCGGAAGAUGAUAGCGAAGAAGGAAAUCAACUGAAUGAAAAAUUUGAUAAAGAAUUUUAUAGAACGUUAGCUUAUUUAAAAAAAAAGGAUCCUCUUAUUUAUGAUAAAAAGACAACAUUUUUUCAUAACAUAGAAGAUCAAGUGGAUGAAGCGGAUCAAAAUGGAGAAGAGAAAAAGAAGAAAAAGGAUAAAACAAUGUUUUUAAGAGAUUAUGAACGUAAAAUCAUUACUGAAAGGGAUGGCAAGUAUAGCGAUAGCGAAGAUGAAAUUCAAAUCGAACAGAAAAAAGAUCCAACGUAUUCGGAGGAACAACGUUUACUUAAAGAAAGUUUUAAAAAAGUACUUAAUGAUGAAGACGAAGAUGAAGAUACAGAACUUUUAAAGCCGAAAGAAAAAAGUCAUACGGAAGAGCAGCAGGAAGAAGAAAGUUACAAAGAAUGGCUGAAAGGACAAAAAACAGAUAUCGAUCCUAAAGAAGAAGAAGAAUUGAAAGCGUUGCGUGACUUUUGGAAUGAUCCUAAAUUAGAUUCAAAUGAAAAAUUUUUAAGAGAUUAUGUGCUUAAUCAUAAAUCUUUAAAUCAAGAAUCCUCUGACAAAGAUUUAAAUUAUAAUGAAAUGAUUCAUGAUAGCGAUGAAGAUUUGUCGGAAGAUGAAAAUCAAAUAAAUAAGCAAGAAGAAUUCGAACAUAAAUACAAUUUUAGAUUUGAAGAACCUGAUCAGGAAUUUAUUAAAAGAUAUCCACGUACAAUGGAGAGUACGCUUAGGAAAAAGGAUACUCGUAGAGCGCAGAAAAGAGCGGAGUUGAAAAAAAGAAAACAAGAAGACAAGUUACGUCAAAAGGAAGAGUUAAAACAAUUAAAAGCAUUAAAAAGGAAAGAAAUAGAGGAGAAAAUAGAAAAACUUAGAGAAAUAACAGGAAACGAUGACAUACGUUUUAAUGAUGUGGAUUUGGAAGGAGAUUUUGAUCCGGCAGAACACGAUAAAAAAAUGACAGAAAUUUUUGACGAAGAAUAUUAUGCUGCGCCAGAAGAUGAUAUGAAGCCUGAAUUUCCAGAUAUUGAUGAAGAAUUAGGAGUUGAUAAAAACUGGGAUGAUUAUGAUCCUAAUGUUGAUGAAAUUGUUGAUAACAAUGACUAUGAAUAUGAUGCACCGCAUUGUGAAGAUCCAGACUUCAACAUGGAUGCAGAUUAUAAUGGUACACAGAAUUUGCAAUCAGAAUUAUUGGAAGGAACGAAAAAGAAGAAACGAAGAAGACGUAAUAAAUUUGCUGAAAUUAUAGCAAAAGAUAAACCUAAAUUUGAUCCAACGAGUCAUCCAUCUUAUGAAGAAUACUUUGAUCAAUAUUAUGGGUUAGAUUAUGAAGAUAUGAUCGGUGACUUACCAUGUAGAUUUAAAUACAGGAAAGUUGUUCCCAAUGAUUAUGGUUUAACCGUUGAAGAGAUAUUAACGGCUGAUGACAAAGAAUUAAAUAAAUGGUGUUCAUUGAAAAAAGCUUUGCAAUAUAAGCCCGAGCAUAUAGAACAAAAUCAAGUAAAAGAAUAUCAGCGGAAGGCUCAGAAUGAAGAACUAAAACGGAAAAUUCUUAGAAGUUUAUAUGCUCCUGAGGAGCCCGAAGAAUUAAAUGAAAGUGAACCAACAACCGAAGAAACAAAAAAGAAACGUAGACGUAAGAAGAAGAAUAAUAGUAUUGCAUCUAACGAUGUUAUGCCCACUGAUACACAAUCUCAAGACAUGAAAAAUAAUGAUAAUAAUUCUACUGAAACUGUAAUUAAUGAAAAUUUAGAAAAGGAAGAAAUUACGAAUUCAUCUGAUAAGGAUGAAGAAACAACACUUAUCAAUACUACGGAGUCGAAAAAUAAUAAAAAGCAGAAGCGGAAACAAAAAGAACAUUUAAAUGAAACUGAAUCCAAGAAAAUAAAAAUAGACAAUACAGUUAACGAUGAAACAAUAGAAAAUAAUAAAAAUACUCAAGAAAAUUGCAUCGAAAAAGUAGAUAUUGAUGCAAAAGCUGAGAAGAAAAACGUACCAUGCGUUUCUAAUAAAUCUAAUUCAAAUAAAAAAGAUAACUCACAUACUAAGAAAACAAAUAAAUCCAAAAUAAGCAAGAAGAAAUUUAAUAAAAAUAAGAAAAAAGACGAUCCAAAUAGUCAAAUAGUUGCAAUGGAUGCAUCAAGAUUGAAAAUGUAUGGCAUAAAUGCGAAAAAAUUAAAAAACAAAUUGAAAUAUGGGAAACAGAAAUAAUAGUUUUUAUAAUUAAGGAAUUAUAAGCUUGUAAAUAGAAAUUGAUAUUAACACUUUACUGAUCGGCCGCUCAGCCGCAGAUACUCUCUAACGACCGCUGUUUUUCGCUACACUAGCACACAGUACUACACUAGAACACAGUGUGCGUUUCGUAUGCUCAGAGAGAAUUGUCCGCUUUCUAUUAUUACAGGAAAUAUUAGGAUAUACAGGAUAUUACAGGAUAGGAUAAUUAGAUUUAAUAAAAUGUUGAUAACAACAAUGCAACAAAAGCAAUUGUUCGGUAAGCGUGGGCGAUAAAAAAGCCGAUUAAUAGUCGAUCGGUCGGUUAGCGUUGUCGAUAAAAAAAAGCCGAUUAAUAGGCGAUCGGUCAGUAAAGUGUUA